UCGGAACCUUUAUUCUCUCGUUCAUGUUUCCGGUCGAGAGAAAUAAACACGGGAUCUCCUUCCUGUAAGUUACGUUACACGCGCGUACGCAGGCUCAACUAAACAACAAUUGAAUAAACCAGAUAUCUUGAAAUUAAUAAAUUACAAUGGAAACGAUUUUAGAGCAGCAGCGACGAUACCAUGAGGAGAAAGAGAGACUUAUGGACGCCAAAACGAAGGAGAUGCUAACGAAAAAAACCACGCUGAGAGACCAGAUCAACUCUGAUCAUCGAGUGAGAGCUAUGCUGGAUAGAUACAUGGAAGUGAGCGCAAACCUCAGAGACUUGUAUGAAGACAAAGACGGAAUGAGGAAGGAUGAGCUGAAUGCAAUAUCGGGACCCAACGAGUUCGCGGAGUUCUACAACCGACUCAAAGUGAUCAAGGAGUUCCACAGAAAACACCCUAACGAGAUCUGUGUGCCCAUGUCAGUGGAGUUUGAAGAGCUCAUGAAAGCCAAAGACAACCCCAGUGAGGAGGCACAAAAUCUGGUGGAGUUCACUGAUGAAGAGGGUUACGGACGCUACCUGGAUCUCCAUGACUGCUACCUGAAGUAUAUUAACCUCAAAGGAGUGGAGAAACUGGAGUAUGUCACUUAUCUGUCAACAUUCGAUCAGCUCUUUGACAUCUCUAAAGACCGGAAGAACGCAGAGUAUAAGAAGUAUCUGGAGAUGUUGCUGGAGUACCUGCAGGAAUACACGGAUCGGGUCAAGCCUCUGCUGGAUCAGAAUGAGCUCUACGGAAAGAUCUUGGCAGAGUUUGAGAAGAAGUGGGAGAGUGGGAUGUUUCCAGGCUGGCCGAAAGAGACGAGUAGUGCUCUGACUCACGCUGGAGCACAUCUGGAUCUGUCUGCCUUCUCUUCCUGGGAGGAGCUGGCGUCUCUGGGUCUGGACAGAUUGAAGUCUGCUCUCAUGGCCUUGGGUCUCAAAUGUGGAGGUACACUAGAAGAGAGAGCCCAGCGUCUGUUCAGCACUAAAGGCAAAUCUCUGGAGUCUCUGGACCCCUCACUGUUUGCCAAAAACCCAAAAGCCAAAGGACCAAAGAAAGACUCGGAGCGCAACAAGGAAUCUGCUUUUCUUGAAGCUCAGAUUUAUGAAUAUGUGGAGAUUUUGGGGGAGCAAAGGCAGCUGACCCAUGAGAACGUCCAGAGGAAGCAGGCGCGCACAGGAGAGGAGCGUGACGAGGAGGAUGAAGAGCAGCCCAGCGAGAGUGAGAGUGAAGACGAAGAUAAUGAGAUCAUAUACAACCCCAAAAACCUGCCGCUCGGCUGGGACGGAAAGCCGAUUCCAUACUGGCUGUACAAGCUGCACGGCCUGAACAUCAAUUACAACUGUGAGAUCUGUGGGAAUUACAUGUACAGAGGACCCAAAGCCUUCCAGAGACACUUUGCAGAGUGGCGUCACGCUCACGGCAUGCGCUGUUUGGGCAUUCCUAACACAGCCCACUUCGCCAACGUCACCCAGAUUGAGGACGCAGUGUCCCGUGAGUACAGUAAUUCAUCACAGAUAUACAUAAACCACCCAAUUCAUGCAAUGCAUAGGGUGAAUUAGUGUUAAUAAAUGAUU